AACCGGGCCGUCGCCGAGAUGCGGGCGGGCGGCGGGGCGGCGGCGGCCGCAGGGUUGCUGGGGGCCUUGGCUGCGGCCGCCGCGAAGUUGGCGGUGUGGCCGGGCGGGGAGGCGGCCGGAGGCUGGCUGCCCGUGCUGCUUCGUGUCAGCUGUGUUGGCUUGGUGUUUGCCUGCAAUGCUGUCAUGUGGACAAUCUUUGCGAAAGCCCUGCGGCUAUCCUCCUCUUCAGCCGCUGCCUCAGUGACCACAACAGCCUCCAACUUCAUCUCUUCGGCCAUCCUGGGCAAGCUUCUGUUUGGGGAGACAUGGACACCUCUGUGGUGGAUCGGCCUCUCCAUGAUACUCUGCGGCCUUGUGUUGCUGCACACAGCUGUCCCCCAGCCGGCAUGGCUGCCAGCAGAGAAGAAGGAAGCAUGAUGAUUGGGAAGAAACACAGUGCCGUGCCACCCCUCGCCCUGAGCUGGGCUGCUUCUGGCCACAGACCCGCUGACCUCUGCUCACCUGCUGAACUUGCAAAGUCACACUGGUCACAUCUUUCCUGGCAGGCUGGCGGUGGCGUGGUGGCAGUGACAGCCUGGGAGGGAGCUGGUCCCCUCUGAGUCAGUGUUGUGGAAAUCAGAGCCAGAGGCUUAUCAGCCACGCCUCUUCUUCACACCUUGUGGCCCCAGAGCUUUCCCAGUUUGGGGAAAGCUGGAAGUAAACAUGGUGGCUGGGGAAGGUGCCUGUGCAUCAGUACUUUUCCAUAAGAGGAGCUGUACCAAAAUAGAAGAGCAAUCAGAAGUAAAUGCUGAAGGCAGCUGAUGUUUGUGCUCUGCUGUUCCUGACUUUCCUCUCCGCCUGUUGAAAUGGCGCUGUGCCUGCCCAAGCCCUUCGUUAAUUCCUUUAGCUUCAUCUGUCAGUCAUAUGCACCUCUUAAUUUGCCAUUUAUAUCUGAGGCUUGUAAUUUCCAUUCGCCUAUUCCUGAUGUGUUACUCACUAUAAGGUUGCUCCUCUUUCCUUUAAACUCUUAACCAGAAUGGGGUUUUGAUCACUAUUCCCGCUUUAUUUAGGUUGAAUUGUAAUUUUGGGAGAAAACAGGCUGUAGGUGAACAGGCAGCUGCUUGCACUGCAUGUCCAUGUUCAGUGCAUCCCCUGGCCCCACUUAAGUUGGCAAUUAGAUAGUUACAUUUUAUUUUACGAGGUGGGGGGGAUGUCGAUUGUGGACACCGUGAUCUUGGAGGUCUUUUGCAACCAGGAAAGUUCUGUGAUUCUGUAGUUGCAUUAGCUAUUGGUAAAAUGGAGUUUCUCAAGCAACUUUUUUUUUUCUUUUUUUUUUUAACACUUCUGGAUGUUGCUGAUUCCUAGUUAUGGAAUGUGAUCAGACAGAUCACUGGUAUCCACACCUGUGCUAAAUUUUGAGUCAGUGAUUGUUCUGUGGUCAGGGUGAGACACCUGUCAGCAUGGUCAGUCUGUCAAGAAUCAUAAUUUCUAAGGUAUCGAUUUCCUUCCCAUUCCCACGUCUCUCAUUUCACUUUGAAAUUUUUUGGUUGCAGUCCUGAUCAAGAAAUAUAAUGAUGUCUGUAAUAAAUGUAUGUGUCAUGUGGUGAUAUCAC